GUUUGUUGUCCACACACUCUGACGCCUCUUGCUCUUCUGCCUCUCUCUCACCCACUCACAACUUCCAUUCACCGUCUCAUUUUUCGACUCGGUGUGUCCUGAGAGCCGUCGAUUAUCGUGAUCGGAUUCCGUUGAUUAAGUAACUACCAAACUUGCGUGCCUUAUUUGUGAAAAAACACUACUGCGCCGUCGCUAGUCUCCGCGCUUAACUUUUAGAACAAUGUUUGGCGAACUCUGCUGCAGCCAUGGUUUUUCUUCUGCUGUACUACUUUCCCCUGGAUCUCUGUGAUGCGGACUGUACCAUGUGUUUUUAGAUUGAUUGCUAUUCAAUUUGGAGUUUUUAAGCGUUUUAUCGUCUUAUCAUGUUGUAAAUCGGAUUUGGAAGUUUAAUGGCAUUGAUUAACUAUCCCUGAUCGAUGGACGAAGGAGCUUCGAUCUUUUAAUUUUUUAUGCAAUUUUAACCGGAUGAUUUUUUAAUUUUAAAUAUUUUAUCGUGUUUUUUACUGUUUGGAUUGCAUCCUGUGAGCGGGCAUGUCGGAUGUGAGCGCGCUCUCCAGGGUAGACGCGUCAAGAUUGUUCUGACCUAUUUUCCAUUGUUUCUGUGGAUGAAUGGAUGACUGCUCCAUUUACAUGCAGCUGAUUGUGAGCCGAUAACGUUAAAUGUCCGAUCGGAUGUCCAUCUGACUGUCUGCACUGUUACGCGAGGCAGUCGGCGCUCUGAUUGUACCCACCAACUGAUGUCUGCAUCGUCCCCAGCGAAGGAAUCCACUGCACAAAAGUCCAAAAGCAAAUCGUCUGCGCCGAUGAAAAAUGGUGGAUUAAAGGGAAAGCAUAGUCGACAGACUGUUGCGGAGGUUGAUCCCGAGGUUGUAAAUAAUGCUAAAGAUCUUAAACCCCGACCUCCGGAGGCGCCCGUGGAUGUCCGCGCCCCCGCGUGGCCCACCAGCGAGGAUCCCUUAAAGAUGUCCCCCAGCAAGGGCAAACCCCCGAAGUCCGCGGAGAAGCUGGUCAACGGCGGCGGCCUCGUGAAUGGAAAUGUGGGGAAAGCGCACAACCUCUUCUUUCCCCCCGCCUUUGCCCCCUUUCCCUCCGCCGCCUUCCCGCGCGGUCCCUCGCUCCUGGCGGGACCGUCCGAGCCCCACCGGAAGCGCAGCACCCCCGCGGAAGACAACGAGAUUCAGAAUAAAAUAUCGGCUAUCAUCGCCGCGGCGCCUACAUUACGACCGGGCAAGAAGAAGGACUCGGGGACGGUUCUCCCGCCGCCGCCUCUCGUCCCGCCGGUACUGCCGCCCCGGGUGGAGGAGGUGUCGAAGAAUGCGUCGCCGCGCAAGGACACCGGGAAGGGAAAGAGUGGAAUGCCGCCCAUCAUGCCUAAAGAAUCCCGGGAGGCGGCAUCGCCCGCCAAGACCGGGAAGGGAAAACGCGGCACGGUACCGCCGCCGCUGCUGAGCGAUCCGAUGGCGCAGUUUGUGGCCGGAGCGCCGUUUAAUCUUGCUGCUUCCACGCCAUUCCUGCUUCCAGGAAAUGCUUUAUUGCAAAAUUUGAUUAUGCCCUCGAAUAUCCUCCUCAACGCCACCGGUCUUCCACCCAACGCGAUGUCACCGGUCUUGUCCCCGACCACAACCCCCAGUUUAUUCCUGAUCCCGACCAAACCCGAGCCUCCUCUUCCGGUGAAGAACUUCAAAAGCUUUAAGAAACAAAAAAAAUCAGAGCCCGGCAAACCCGAGAAGGCGCAGCUGCGCACCCCGGAACCAUCGGGGCUCCCAGCGACAUCCCUCGUCGCCACCUCGAAGUCGUCUUCCUUGGAGCCGGAUCUGGACCAACUGCUGUCCAGUGUGCAGAGCAAAAUCAGCGAAUUCGGAACACUCUCGCGGCAUGCCACCCUCUUCCCCGCCGGUAGUUCCACACUGCCCGUCUCCCCGCCGCUCCCACCCGUCUCCACGGCCUCCCUGCCCAGUUUCGGGACGUUCACGACGAAGAACAGCGAGGCGGUGGGCUUUGGCGCCCUGACCACACCGGCCCUGGGCGCCGUGACGUUCGCCAGUCUGGCGUCCGUCUCUGGGCCGCUGCUGCCGGUGUCGACGCUGAUUGACACCGGGGUCCGAUCGCCGAUGGUCCCGUUGGUGGAAGAGGAGAGUGCGAUCAGUGUGGAGGUGUGUGCGCCGGUUGAUCCGAAAAUCGUUAGACGGAAUGUGCGUUUGAUGAGGAAGAAGGUGGCGCUGAUUGAUCGGGCGCUGUGGGAAGAUGUCGAGGGGUUGACGGGGCAGGUGGAGAAGAUGGAGCUGAGUCCGGAGGGUGCGCGAAAGGGUCGGGAAGUGGCCCGCCGGGAGGGGCAGGUGUCUGUUUUGCCGUUUAAGAAGAGGCUGUACAAGAGUGUGCCCUCCCCGAAACCCAACGAUGCCAACAGUCGGAAUGUCUUUCAAACAGGGAGCAAGAAAGCCACUUCAAACAGUGUCUCGACACCAUCGAGUAGUCCCCCGAAGAAUGCUGCGAAGACCAAAGAGACGCCGCCGUUGGCCACUAUUUCCACGGACACGGAGAAAACGGCCCUGACGGGAUCGGGAAUCGCUCCGAAGAGCGUCCGCAAACCUCGUAAGACCAAAGCCAGUGCUGCGCAAUCCGUACCCGAAGAGAACUUGCUGGUCCCCCGAGACUCUCCCUCCACCUCCCGCGCCUCCACAUCCGCGCUCUCGUUGAAAGUCGUUCUGCGGAAGCCGCGCCUCGACGUCCCGGAGGAUUCCCCGUCCCACUCCCCCUUGAGCACCGUCUCGGUGUCGCCGCCCGCCAGUGUCCUGCCCAGCGGUCGGAAGCGUCCAGCCGAGGGUGGAUCCGGCGGACCGGGUCUGAAACGCCGCACCUCCUCCGUGAUGAUUGCCGAGUUAGGGGAGGAUCGCUUCAACAUGACGAAGAACAUCUACGCCAGCGUUAGUCUGGCGAAACCCAAGAAGGAGGUGAAGGAUUUGGGGGUGUGCCAGUGCUCGAUGCCGCGGAUACCCGGGGAGAAGGGCUGCGGGGAGACGUGUAUGAACCGGCUGCUGUUUAUUGAGUGUGAUCCGGUGUCGUGCCCGACGGGCGAGCGCUGUUCCAAUCAGGGGAUUAGGAACGGGGAGUUUGUGAAGGAUCUGGAGGUGUUCGAUACGGAGAACAAGGGCCGAGGAGUGCGGACCCGCUCGCACAUUAAAGCUGGUACACUGGUGUGUGAAUACCGCGGUGAAGUGAUUUCAGUGGAAAAGUUCAACACCCGAAUGAGCAAAGAAUACAAGGAAUCGCCACACCAUUAUUGUCUGAAGCUGGAUGGGAACACCGUGAUUGAUGCGUACCAGUGCGGAAGUCUGGCGCGCUACAUCAACCAUUCGUGUGCGCCGAAUUGUCACGUGGAGAAAUGGACCGUCGAUGGACAGCACCGGAUGAUCAUCAUCGCUUUCAAGGACGUUGCGGCUGGGGAAGAGAUCACUUAUGAUUACAACUUUGACAACUACAGUCGCCAGCAAAAGUGUUAUUGUGGAGCCAAAUCGUGUCGCGGCAUAAUCGGCAGUAAAAAGCAGAAACUCAACGGUUUAUUGAUGAUGAAGAAGGCCACGACCGCGGACGUCGUCAAUGGUCUGGAUCGGGCCAUGUCCGAGCGCUCGGAUGUUUCGUCCCGGUCCGGAACGAUCCUGACGUCACCGCCAUCCAUCGGUGUAAUAUCCAGGCCGGAGAAAACGGUCUGCAUCCAGCGACGUUUAUUGUUAGUACGGAAUACGCGGAACACGAUAAAAACGGGGACACAACGUGGGAGGGUGUACGAUAGUGGCGAUAUGGAUGUGCGUAUGCCGCGUCCACCGUGGCAGAAGACGUUGGAAUACGUAAAACCCGGUUCAAGACGCUCGCAAAAGCCGCCAAUUCUUCCCAGCGCUCCGUACUUCUUGCAGACCGUCAAGCAGGCUGUGGAGAGCGACGCGGAGAGGAACAGUCUGCCUUUGGAAUCUCCUACCAGCACCGACGGCUUCUUUGUGCCGCAGAAUGAACACUUUCCCGCCAGUCAUUUUCAGCCGGUUCACUGGGAGCCCAGUCAGGAGGAUGUGUCUAUGUUCACCCGGGAGUAUCACGAGCAAGUGAUCCGGUGCGCGUGCAAUGGAUUUCUCGAUGAAGGCCAUCAGAUCGAGUGUGAAUUUUGCAAGUGCUGGCAGCAUACCGAAUGUAUGGGUCUAAUCGCCAAGAAUCUCAACGAGUUCACAUACCAGUGCGAACGCUGCUCCCCGCGUCCCAUCCCCCGCGAAAUCCCGCAGAACCUCCCGCACAGCAGCAAUCCCGACAACCUCGAUCUCUACGUCUCCCUGAUGGUGCCCAACAUUCAGGACUUCCAGCUGCGGGUGGGUGACUGUGUGUACCUCACCCCGAACCGGCGGCCGCCGCCCUCGCGGGACACCGUGUACAAUCUGCGGGAAUUGGAUCUGCUGCGCAUUGAUAAGAUGUUCGUGGAUGCGGAUGGCACGAAGCGGGCGUACGGGCAGCCGUUUCUCUGGCCGCAUGAGACCAUUCACGAAGCGACGCGGUCCUUCUACAAAAACGAGUUGAUUUAUGCGCCGGCCUUCGCCGAGUCGGUGGCGCUGGAGGCGGUGCUGGGGAGGUUCUGUGUUAUGGAGUCGCAGUUGUUCGUCAAGGGGAAGCCACGGGAAUUCCCCCUGGAGCACUGCUAUAUCUGUGAAUGGAAGUACCAUAAGACGACAAAUAUCUUCUCGCGGAUUAUGCUGAAGGAUAGGGUCCCGAUGAACAUGAACAAAUUCUACUUUGAAACGUACACCGAGCGGCUGAGCCUGAAGAAAAACUACAGACCUCAUAAGGUGCCCGUGCUGAAAAAGAAAUUGAAGGCCGAUGCUGCCAAAAGGAAACAAGAAGACGAUUCGCGGCGGAUAUCGGAUCUUAUGAAGGAAAGGUGUGAGAAUAUCCAGAAAAUUACAACCAAGCUGAUACAGAACAGUACGCACAGAUCGGGAAUAACCGUCAAACAAGGAAACCGUGGACGUUCCAAGGCGGAUUAAUACGAUGUGUUGGCCUUUGAAGUGGUCUCUGCUCAUUUGACUGGUCGCCUGCCUAUUGCAGCUGUAUUGGGUCUUUUCCGGGGGAAACUCUUCCAGAUUUCCGGGGACACUGCGGGACAUUUUUGACAUUGUACAUUUUGGAUGGAGAAAAAGGCAGUUUAUACAGGCUCUUGUUGUUUGCCCGUUAUAGUAUUUGUAUCACGUUUCCUCUGCAGUAAUCUUCAUCAGACGUAUCAGGGAGAAUUUAUAUUACGUUUACAGGGGGUAUUAUUUUUUGGUGGUUUUAUGAAGGUAGCUAUACAGAAAUUUUUCUUUUUGUUUUUUAAACGAAGUUUUAAGAUUUUACUUUUUCCGUGUGGCAUAUGUGUGUCGUGUCUUUUCUAAAUUUAUUUAUUUUUUAUGUUUAUUUUCUUUCCCGUGUGUGUUCUUUUAAAAUACCCGUCGUUCGUUGAUGUACAUAAACUGAAUCGGAAUGAUACUUGUGCUAAUAAAAAUUAAAGUUGA